AUGGUAAUCCUCAUCAUUUUAAGCGUAGAAUGUAAAAACAAUGGAAUCAACCAAAGAGUUAAAAAUAGAAUAUCAGACUCAGACAAUCGGAAUUCGCUUCUCCAAAAUCCACUGUUGGAACAUAUGCAGUCUGUGGGUCUCGGCUCUAUGACUCGGAGCCCAAACGACUUAUUCGAUAUAUUAAGAGAUAGCUACCCAUUGCCAAAUGGUCUCAACGCACCUUUCGCCGAAUACGAUUACGUAAUAGUCGGAGCAGGUACGGCUGGUAGUGUACUAGCUUCCCGACUUAGCGAGGACCCGGAGGUCACAGUGCUAGUACUAGAAGUUGGCAGACCGGAGAGCCUAAUCACUGAUGUCCCAGCUAUUGCUCCUUUCUUCCAGAGAACUGAAUAUAGCUGGCCUUAUUAUAUGGAACCACAAUCGGGAGUCUGUUUGGGAAUGAGAAAUCGAAGAUGCUACUGGCCACGAGGAAGAGCAGUCGGCGGCACCAGUGUCAUUAAUUAUAUGAUAUAUACAAGAGGGCGGCCUGAGGAGUGGGACCGUAUUGCUGCCGCUGGCAACUAUGGAUGGUCUUACAGAGAUGUAUUGGAAUACUAUAAAAAGUCAGAGCGCGCCGAUUUAAGAGGCUUUGAAAAUUCACCUUAUAGAGGAAAAACUGGUGAAAUGAACGUGGAAUUUGUACCUUUCAGGACACCACUUAUCAGCACAUUUUUAGAAGCCGGAAGAAUACUUGGAUACCCUACAGUAGAUUAUAAUGCUCCUGAGCGACUUGGAUUUGGUUAUUUGCAGGCUAAUAUGAGGAAUGGCAAAAGGGUUAGUGCGGCCAAAGCUUUUUUACACAACAAUAAAGAACGGCCCAACCUUCACAUAUUACCGAUGAGUACAGCAACCAAAAUUUUCAUAGAUAAUCAGACAAAAAUGGCAAAUGGUGUACAGUACAUGAAAAACCGUUUAAAAUUUGAGGUAAGAGCUCGAAGGGAAGUGAUUUUAUCAGCGGGGCCUAUAGCAUCCCCUCAAUUACUUAUGUUAUCAGGUAUUGGUCCAAAAGAUCACCUUAGUCAACAUAAUAUUACUCUGGUACAAGAUCUUCCAGUGGGACGCACUCUCUACGAUCAUAUUACAUUCCCUGGAUUAGUUUUCACACUCAAUGUUACCAAUGUCAGUUUAAUAGAGAAUCGAGAAACAAGUGUUGCCACUGUAAUUCGAUGGCUCCAGUUUGGUGAUGGCCCAGCUUCCACUACAGGUGCAGCAGAAGGGAUAGGAUACAUCAAAACACCUGUAUCCGAAGAUCCCGAACCUAUACCAGAUAUAGAGCUUAUCAGUAUCGGGGGUUCUAUUGUUUCUGAUGGCGGCCCUGGUGGAAGCAAAGCCGUUAGAAGAGGUAUGAUGAUUACUGAAGAAACAUUUGACGGGGCAUAUGGUUCGGUUGAUGCUACGGACACAUGGACGGCAUUUCCAAUGCUACUACAUCCAAAAUCAGUAGGAUAUUUAGAGUUGAAAAAUAAAAAUCCAUUGAGUCACCCUAAGAUGUAUGGAAAUUAUUUGACUGAUCCGAAGGACGUGGCGACGUUCUUGGAAGCAAUACGUUUUAUACAAGCAUUAGCUCAGACGGAACCUUUUCGGAAAUUGGGAGCGCGUCUUCACGAAGCUCGAUAUCCCGCUUGCUAUGCGAUGGCAUUUGAUUCUGAUGAAUAUUGGGAAUGCGCUAUUAGGACUCUUACUGCUACCUUACACCAUCAAAUAGCAACAUGUCGUAUGGGACCAAAUACCGAUUCGUUAGCAGUGGUCGAUCCGGAACUUCGCGUUUAUGGAGUAAGCCGGCUACGAGUUGUAGAUUCCAGUAUCAUACCUCGUACACUUUCAGUGCACACUCAUGCACCCGCCAUUAUGAUUGGGGAAAAAGCAGCAGAUAUGAUAAAAUCUACGUGGAAAACAGAAGAUGAUGAAAUCGAAGUUACAGUGGAAACCGAAGCUGAGGAUAGUGGUAGAAACGGGAAACUAUUGUGGUCUCACCAUCCGUUAAUAGACAUUAUAAAGCAGACAUCUAGAAAUCUGAAAGAGACUGGGGACUUUUUCGAUUUCAUGAGGGACUCUUAUAAAUUGCCCAAUGGUCUCAAGGCACCAUUGCCUUUUUAUGAUUUUAUAGUAGUCGGUGCAGGCUCAGCUGGUAGCGUAUUAGCAUCCCGACUGUCUGAGAACAGGAAUACUACAGUGUUGCUCUUAGAAGCAGGCAAGCCAGAAAUGCUACUUACAGAUAUACCUGGGAUGGCUGCUUACUUUCAAGCUACGGACUACACUUGGCAAUAUUAUAUGGAACCACAACCUGGAGUUUGUAUGGGAAUGAUAAAUGAACGUUGCUUCUGGCCCAGAGGGAAAGCUGUCGGAGGUAGUAGUGUCAUCAACUACAUGAUAUACACAAGAGGAAGACCACAUGACUGGGACAGGAUUGCUGCAGACGGCAACUAUGGCUGGUCAUACAAUGAUGUUCUUAAGUAUUAUAUGAAAUCCGAGAGAGCUAAUCUACAUGGUCUAGAAAAUCAACCUUACAGAAGCAAGACAGGAGACAUGCCCAUUACUUUUGUACCAAAAAGAACAAAGUUAGUAAAAGCAUUUUUAGAAGCCGGAAGAAUUUUGGGACAUCCGACAGUAGACUACAACUCUCCUCAUGAAUUAGGAUUCGGAUAUGUUCAAGCUAAUAUAGACAAAGGUCAUCGUCAAAGUGCUGCCAAAGUAUUUCUACAUCCGCAUAAACGGAGAAAAAAUCUACACAUAAUGCCUUCAUCGACGGCGUCUAAAGUUCUUAUUCACCCUCAAACAAAAACAGCUUAUGGAGUCGAAUUCAUACACAAAGGUGUUAAAUACAUAUCGCGUGUACGUAAGGAAGUUAUUGUAUCAGCGGGACCAAUUGCUUCACCGCAAUUAUUAAUGUUGUCAGGUGUAGGGCCGAGCGAUCAUUUAACUUCAUUAGGGAUACCAGUUAUUAAAAAUUUGCCCGUAGGGCAAACCCUGUACGACCAUAUAAGUUUCCCUGCUGCUAUUUUUACUUUAAACAGUACGCGCUUGAGUUUUAAUGAAGCUAGAGCUUUAAAAGUUAGAAGUAUUUUAUUCGAUUGGCUACGCGAUGGCGACAACGAGCUAUCGUCACCAGGUGCAGUAGAAGGAAUAGGUUAUAUCAAAACGCCUGUGUCUGAUGAUCCAGAGCCAGUUCCCGAUAUCGAGUUGAUUAGUGUUGGAGGUUCAAUAGUAAUCGACGGCGGACCCGAUGGCAGUCGAGCAGUGCGUAGAGGCAUGAAAAUAGCCGAAUCUGUUUUCAAUCAAGCUCUAGGACCUGUCGAUAAUACAGACACGUGGAGCGCAUUACCAAUGUUAUUAUACCCAAAGUCAUUUGGAUAUUUGAAACUGAAAGACAAGAAUGCUUUCAGUCAUCCUCUUAUGUACGGAAACUACUUGACUGACCCCCGAGAUGUGGCCACUCUUGUUGCAUCAAUUAGACACAUACAAGCGUUAGCAGCAACAAAACCAUUUCAAAAGUUCGGUGCUCGGAUGCAUAAAGCCGAUUACCCCAGAUGUCGUGACAAAGCUUUUGACUCUGAUGCAUAUUGGGAAUGUGCAGUGAGAACCAUUACUGCAACUUUACACCACCAGAUAGCAACAUGUCGUAUGGGACCUGCUGGCGACCCAAAAGCAGUGGUAGAUCCAGAGCUACGUGUUUUUGGUAUAAAAAAUCUACGUGUAGUUGACUCGAGUGUAAUACCCAGACCAAUAUCUGCUCACACGCAUGCGCCAGCAGUAAUGAUAGGCGAAAAGGCUGCUGAUAUGAUUAAAUACACAUGGAGUAUUUCGUAA